AUGGCAUUAAUUAGAGCAGUAUUUAUGACAUUUUGUUUCAAAGUUUUAAUUUCACAAUGCAAUAUGGAACCUCAACCAAAAUGUCAGGUGCGAAAAUUUCCUAAAGGAUUUAUUUUUGGGACCGCUACAUCGUCCUAUCAAAUAGAAGGAGCUUGGGAUGCCGACGGAAAAACCGAAAACAUUUGGGAUCACAUGACUCAUACGCGACCAGACUUGAUUAAAGACGGUACCGCUGGAGACAUUGCUGACAACUCAUAUUAUUUGUACAAGAGAGAUGUGGAGAUGUUAAGAGAGCUAGGUGUUGACUUCUACAGGUUCUCACUUUCGUGGUCAAGAAUACUGCCUACCAGCUUCCCAGAUAAAAUUAACGAAGCCGGAGUAGCAUAUUACAACAACUUGAUAAAUGAAUUACUUAAGAACAACAUCGAACCCAUGGUCACAAUAUUCCAUUGGGACUUGCCCCAGAGACUCCAAGAACUCGGUGGGUGGGCGAACCCCAACAUUGUAGAUUGGUAUGCAGACUAUGCACGAACUGUAUUCACAUUGUUUGGAGAUCGAGUCAAGUAUUGGAUCACUAUAAACGAACCACAUGCAGUGUGCCAUUAUUCGUACGGAGACACGUUCUUAGCUCCUGCCUUAGGUUUCAAGGGAGUACCUGAAUAUCUGUGCGCUAAAAAUUUGCUUGUAGCACACGCAACAGCGUAUCACAUAUACGACCAAGAUUUUAGACCAAAGCAAAAAGGAAUAAUAUUUAUUUCGUUAAGCGCUCAAUGGUAUGAACCCUUGACAGAAAGUGACACCGAAGUGGCCGACGAAGCAAACCAAUUUGAGUGGAAACAAUAUUCUGACCCAAUAUUUUCAAAAACUGGCGACUUUCCACCUGCGAUGAAAAGACGAAUAGCAGCAAGGAGCGCUGAGCAAGGAUUUUUCAGAUCCAGGCUGCCUGAAUUCACGCAAGACGAAAUUGAAUUAAUUCGAGGAAGUUCGGACAUUUUCGGAUUGAAUCAUUAUUUUAGUAAUUAUGUAAACAGAAAUGAUUCUGUUUAUGGGUACUAUGAAUCUCCUUCAUUCAAAGAUGAUCUAGGGGUCUUUUAUACCGUGUUACCAGAAUGGAACCUUGGCGAAUCAGACUACAUGAAGAAUGUUCCAUGGGGAUUUUACAAGUUGUUAACACACAUAAGGAAGGACUACGGAAACCCAACGGUUUUCAUCACUGAAAAUGGUUUUCCGACCCGCGGCGGCUUGAACGACGACGUCCGUAUCACUUACUAUACAGAGUACAUGUCCGCCAUGUUGGACGCUAUGGAGGAAGGCGCUGAUGUGCGAGCUUACACCGCGUGGAGUUUAAUGGAUAACUAUGAAUGGUCGAGUGGAUACAUUGAAAAGUUCGGUCUGUACGAAGUGGACUACAGCUCUCCGCAGCUCACACGCACGCCACGCAAGUCCGCCUACUUCAUCAAGGAAAUCUUCCGAACACACAAGCUGAGGCGUUGCAAUAACACACAAAUACCAUGCCAUUACUGUAAAAAUCAUGCUACAGUCACAUAUCUUUACUCUGCUACAGUGAAAUGGUGGCCAAUGUUUUGCCUUAUAGUUUUAAUUUCGCAAUGUAGUACACAACCUCGUCAAAAAUGUCAAGUGCGAAAGUUUCCUAAGGAAUUUAUUUUUGGGACCGCCACUUCUUCCUAUCAAAUAGAAGGGGCAUGGAAGGCAGACGGGAAAUCUGAAAAUAUUUGGGAUCGCAUGACUCAUACACGGCCAGAAUUGAUUAGAGACGGUUCAAAUGGUGAUAUUGCCGACAACUCACACAAUUUGUACAAGAGAGAUGUGGAGAUGUUAAGAGAGUUAGGUGUUGACUUCUACAGGUUUUCCCUUUCUUGGACAAGGAUACUACCUACCAGCUUCCCAGAUAAAAUUAACAAAGCCGGGGUAGCAUAUUACAAUAACCUGAUAAAUGAAUUGCUUAAGUACAAUAUACAACCUAUGGUCACAAUUUACCAUUGGGAUUUGCCACAGAAACUCCAAGAACUCGGUGGGUGGGCGAACCCCAACAUUGUAGAUUGGUAUGCAGAUUAUGCACGAACUGUAUUCACUUUGUUUGGUGAUCGAGUCAAGUAUUGGAUCACUAUAAACGAGCCUCAUGCAGUGUGCCAUUAUUCGUACGGUGACACGUUCUUAGCUCCUGCAUUAGAUAUUAAGGGAGUUCCAGAAUACUUAUGUGCAAAAAAUUUGCUUGUGGCACACGCAACAGCUUAUCACAUAUACGACAAAGAAUUUAGAUCAAAACAACAAGGGAAAAUUUUUAUUUCGUUUAGCGCUCAAUGGUAUGAACCCUUGACAAAAAGGGACACCAAGGCGGCCGAUGAAGCAAAUCAAUUUGAGUGGGCGCAAUAUACUCAUCCAAUAUAUUCAAAAACUGGCGACUUUCCACCGGCGAUGAAAAGACGAAUAGCAGCAAGGAGCGCUGAACAAGGGUUUCCCAGAUCCAGACUGCCAGAAUUCACGCAAGACGAAAUUGAAUUCAUUCGAGGAAGUUCUGAUAUAUUCGGCUUAAAUCACUAUUUUACUAAUUAUGCAAAUAGAAAUGAAUCUGUUUAUGGGUAUUACGAAUCUCCUUCAUUUCAAGAUGAUUUAGCCGUGUUUUACAGCGUGUUACCAGAGUGGACCAUUGGCGAGUCAGACUACAUCAAGUUUGUGCCAUGGGGAUUUUACAAGUUAUUAACACAAAUAAGGAAGGAUUACGGCAACCCGCCUAUUUUUAUAACUGAAAACGGUUUUGCGACCCGCGGCGGCUUGAACGACGACGACCGCGUACUUUACUACACAGAGUAUAUGUCCGCCAUGUUGGACGCCAUGGAGGAAGGCUCUGAUGUUCGAGCGUACACUCCUUGGAGUCUAAUGGACAACUAUGAAUGGUCUAGCGGAUACAUUGAAAAGUUCGGGCUAUACGAAGUGGACUACAGCUCUCCGCAGCUCACACGCACGCCGCGCAAGUCCGCUUACCUCAUGAAGGAAAUAUUCCGAACACACGCGCUGAGGCGUUGCAAUAACACACAAUUAUAUGGAUUUUAAAAAUAAAUAUUUUUCAAAUUAAAUUGU